UACCGACAGAGCAUUUCAGAGAACAGUAGCGAAAGUUUCCGGAAUGAAACUUCUAGGAUGACAAAGUCUCUGUGAGCCUUAACCCUGUACCUCUCUUCUUUUUUUUGAUCGGUAAGGUACGACAAUAGAAACCGGUGAAACACCGAGAACAGGCGAGAAAAGAACGGAUUUUCUCGAAAGAAAAAAAGGUAAAUGCUGUUUUCAACAGUAGCAGUGAAAAGCACGAAUAGACGCGACGUAAACGCGUCAUUGUGAAUGGCGCUUCUAGUGACAAAAGUGGCCGAGAGAGACUUUCCAUUUCACAUCAGAUGUAAACUGUGUUUGAAAUGGAUGUUGCAAAGUAUACUGCUGUCCGUUAAUUGAGUCGAGCUUUCUCUUCGUUUUCCUAUCUGAUCUUCGUUGAUGAUCUAACGAAGAGAUGACGAUAAAGAGGAAAGGGAACACGACGACACCAAACGGAUCCCGGUACGAUCGUCUGUAAAAUCCUGCGUAGCAUCACAGCGGUUCGUUCGCAGAGUGGACAACCAUUCCGCAACAACCGCGAUGCACGAUCUUAUGCGUUAGUGGUGAGUGUCCGUAUCGCGUGUGCGUGUCUAUCCAUGUUGGCAAAUUGAGGAUGCAACAUAGAGAUCGUGUUGUUCCUCACGGUCGUAUUCAUGAAUAUGUGCAUUUAUUACGUCUGUAUGAGUUCCGUAUCCGAAAACCACUGUACUCUCGUGAUAGAAUGUGGUUCGAGUUCAUGUUAAUACUUUGACACGAUGACACGGUUACGCCACCGAAACGUGAUUCUUCUGUGAACGGGGGGACACUUCUCGGCGAGAAGUUUACAUACAUUUAUUUAUUGGUGUGGUUCAGCGAGACUUGUCGAUCAACGGACCACCCGAGAGAUUCCUAUCGAUGCUAACUCUUGAUUCUCUAGAAAUUCACCGUAACUGGGAGUGCCGCUAGAUCGUAGUUGAACAUGCUCCGAAAGGGCUGGAGUGAAUUUCACGUUACACGCGAGGAAAGAUUACUUUUUCACGUUUCGAAUGUAACAUGGUACGCCGAACGAUUUCAUUGAAAGUCUUCUGAUGCAAGUUCUGCGAACGAUAUGUGAACAUUAAAUUAAGGAGAAGACGGACAAUGCAUCGGUGAAACUGGCAUGAAAAUGUACCGCGGUGUUAAGUGGCCUCUGUGAUGUAUUGCGAACGGUGCUUAACCUAACUUUUCAUCGACGCUUCUACACGGCGUUUUCCUCCGACAAUGGUCAUGGGCAAUCUUAUCAUUUUAUUAUCAAGAAGUGGAGACUGAAAUUAUCGGAGUUCAGGGAAAACAUUUAAAAUUCAGUCGGCCAAGUAUGUCCAACACUAUUAGUAAUAUGAAGAUGACCAACCGUAUCAAGGGAAUGGUGAGCAAACGUCGUAGGCGUUUCACAGAAGAUGGUUUUGACCUUGAUCUCACAUACAUAAGAGAUAACUUAAUAGCAAUGGGUUUCCCAGCUGAGAAGUUAGAAGGAGUAUAUAGGAAUCACAUAGAUGAUGUUGUUAAACUGUUGGAAUCUAGACAUAAAGAUCACUAUAAGAUUUACAAUCUAUGUUCAGAGAGAUCUUAUGAUUUUAAGAAAUUUAAACAAAGGGUAGCUACAUACGCGUUUGAUGAUCACAAUCCACCAAUGUUGGAUCAAAUGAGACCAUUUUGCGAGGAUGUGGAUGAGUGGCUUUCUCGGCAUCAAGAAAAUGUAGCUGUAGUUCAUUGUAAGGCUGGUAAAGGUCGGACGGGUGUAAUGGUGUGUUGUUACCUCCUUCAUACUAAACAGUUUUCCACUGCCACAGAAGCCCUUAAUUACUAUGGAACUAAAAGAACACAUGAUAGGAAGGGGGUAACAAUACCUUCACAAAGGAGGUACGUGGAUUAUUAUGCUACUCUUGUACAAGAAAAAUUAAAUUAUGAACCGGUUACGCUGUUCUUGCGGAAAAUACAAUUGGAUCCAGCGCCUAUCUUUCAUGGAGGUCAAGGAUAUUUGCAUUGUGUAAUAACGGAAUCUAAAAAGAAGAUAUUUAGCUCUGAAAUAGUAGAAGUACGAAAAGGGAUGCACACAAUCAGUAUUCCUUUAAAACACAGCAUAGCGUUGACGGGAGAUGUACGAGUGGAUUUCUUUAAUAGACCAAAAAUGAAACGAAAGGAAAAAUUGUUUCAUUUUUGGUUCAAUACAUUUUUCGUACGAGACUAUUUAUCGCCGGAAUACGAUAACGGAGAGUUACCAGUUGAGCGUUCAACUAGGGCAUUGAGUUGCGAUGGUACAACUAUGGAAUUACCAAUGGUUAUGUCGCACAUGAAACCCAGAGCUGGAUCGCUAGCUAGCCUCGGACAUAUGCCACCUACUCUUGUUUUAAGUAUAGAUAAAUGGGGUCUGGAUGACGCACACAAGGAUAAACAUCACAAAGUGUAUAGUGCUGAUUUUAAGGUUAGCUUAUUUAUGCAUCGAAUGGGCGGUAAUAUAUCGCAAGCUGUACCAGCAGCGACUAAUAGAACAGGAGAGGGUAUACAAAUAGGAAUGGGAGGACAAGAUACUCCGAGCGAAUCGAGUGAAGCGGAUAGCAGUGAAUGCGACACAACUGGAGAUACGACGGGAGAUGAAGAUGGGGAAUCUGGUGAGUCUUCUGCAUCUCUGGUGGUGAAUCACCAUCCUCUUACACACAGCAGUAGCCGUACACACGUUAGUAUCCACCAAAGAGCUAGUCUCAGAGAAACUGCAAAGGGUUUACUCUCACAUGGGGAUAAAAGUAGAAGUAGUCAUCGGCAAAACGCCGAUAAUGUGAAACGUUCUUCAGCUCUAAUACGUUCAGCCACGUUAGAUACGUAAAGAAAACAAAAAUUUGUGUAUGUAUAUAUGUAUAUAUACGUACAUAUGUAUAUAUACAUAUAUUUAUCGUAUCUUGUACUUAAAGUGAAUUCUCUGAACUGGCAUUCAAGCUUUACAACUUUAUAUGAAACCAAAUUGUGCUAUUAGUUUCCCUUUGUCAUGCUAGCAUGAAAGAUUAGCAUUCGAUAAGUUCUUAAAUGUAUCGAUUCUUUUUUUCCUGAUGUCCUCUUCUACUGAGUAAUAAUAUGCGUUUGUAGAAAAAUUUGGGCUGAUCUGUUUUGAAGCAUAGAAGACAAGAAACAUUAAAACAUACUUCGGAAGGGAAUUUUUUAGGAAAUUAAUAGAAUAUCAAAAUAUUUCGAUGCUAUUCCUUCGGUAAAACGACAUUUACAGAAUGAAUUUUUAAUGUUUUAUAUUCGAGAUUAUCGAUUCUACCUCUAAUUAACAUUGAUAAUAUAUCUGAUAGUCGAUAUUGAAAAGAGUGCAUUGAAUGUUCUCAACUAAAGAAGAACAAACAAAUUAAGAUAUUCUAUAUUUUUGCAUAGCAAAUAUUGUGUGCAAAAUAUGAAGAUAUUUCAGUAUUUAGGAGAAGUUACGAUCUUUUUUUUGAGUAAAAAUUAUCGGAUAUUUAUUAUAAAUUAUUGAAAAAAAAAAAAAAAGAAUCUGCGGCUACUAUGUACGCUUCAUUUAUUUUUCAUUAGAUUUCUCAAGUAUUUCGUUUCGAUGAUUGUUUAUUAUAAUUGUCCGAAGUAAUGAAAUUAUAUGUGUAUGUGUGUAUAUAUACAUAUGUACAUAUGCACAUGCGCGCGCGUACACGCAAGUGAAUAAGAGAAUUCUUAGUGUUGAAAGAAAAAGAACACCGUCUUUUGCGUUCAUGCAAUUAUGUAAUAACGUACUAUGUACGAAACUAGUAUUUGUUUUGUAAUUGUACAACAAAGCCAACUUGUAGAAAAUAAUUGACUAAUGCAAUAAAUACGGGAAUAGGACAAACGCGACAAUUUGUAAUCGUAACAAUUUUACUGUUUGUACUUGUAUUCUUCGUGGCAUUAUGAAAAGAUGAAAAAGAUGAAUGAUAAGUGUAUUCUGAUUGCCUUACACAUUGUGAUGAUCAUUAACAUUUUGAGAAAAAAACAAAGCUAAUUCGUGUAGAUUUGAGUGGAGGGUUGUAGUCAAAAUUUGUAAGAUAACAUAAUAUUUACAUGUACAGAAAAUUUCAUUCUUUAACAGGCUGUGCAAUUUUUUAAACUUGUAAACUUCUUGAGCAAACACGAUUUUCAUAUCGAUGACAAGAUACAUUUAAUUUCAAUUAAGCUAUCGUGUUCUAUCGUGUAAACUGUCGUGUGUGAAUCUUUGUUUGUUACUACGAUACAAACGUUAUAUCGUGUGCACAUGUUGACGAAAUCAAGUAACGUUACCCUAAGGAUAUUAAUUCUUUUUCUUUUACGUAACUAUCAUGUAUGUAAUUUCAGAGAAGUGUUUUAUCAUUUCUUUUUUUCUCUCUUUCCACUUGUUUGUUAUUUUUUAAAUAAAUUUUGUACUUUGUCGGUGCAAAGUUACAGAGCAAAAUUUGCAACAAAUUCCGCGUAAAAUUCUGUUUUAGAAAAGCGAUCUUGAAACUGAUAUUUUACGCGUGUUGAAUUAUAAUACAACCAUUGAAACGUCGUUCGUAUCGAAUAUCGACUCAAAAAAAAAAAAAGAAAAAAAAAAUUGUAUACUGAUGAGUUACAGAUUUGCGGCACGUAUACGAAUAGUAUACAAAUUAAA